AGUAAACUACAAUUUACAUAUCCUGGUUUGAGGAAACGUUCAAAGACUUAAUUUAACAGUUGAAAGGAUUUACAGAAAGUGUUGUUUUCUUUACAAUAUUUUUUACAGAGCAUACCGGAGCAGGAUAUUGGCAGAAUGGCGGACAGUAUUAUGUCAAACGGGACACACAACAAAAAGGCGUUACUGUCAGACUCUCAGCUGUUUGAAGCAAAGUUCGACGAACUGGUGGCAGAGUUGAUCGAGCGAGAUCUAAAGGAUCCAGGUCUGGUUGAUGCUCUGAACAGACACAGAGAGGUUUUGGUCUACAAUGUUCCUGGGGGUAAGAAGAACAGAGGACUUUCUGUGAUUGGCUCCUUGAGGGAGCUUCUCCCACCCUCUCAGCUCACCCAGGAUGUGGUGCAAAGAGCUCUGGUGGUGGGCUGGUGCAUUGAGUUGCUUCAGGCGUUUUUCCUGGUGGCAGACGACAUCAUGGAUGCAUCUGUGACCCGCAGAGGGCAGCCAUGCUGGUUCAGGAAGGAGGGAGUUGGGCUAGAUGCCAUCAAUGAUUCGUUUUUCUUGGAAUCAGCACUCUACAGGCUACUUAGAAAAUAUUGCAGAGAUCAGCCCUACUAUGUCCAUUUGUUGGAAAUCUUCACAGAGACCACCUUUCAAACGGUGCUUGGGCAAACUCUGGAUCUUAUGACGGCUCCGCCUGGAGAUGUUGACCUCAGCAGGUUUAGCAUGGAAAAGUAUAAAACCAUAGUGAAAUACAAGACUGCGUAUUACUCGUUCUACCUCCCAGUGGCAGCAGCAAUGUACAUGGCAGGAAUUACUAAUGAAGUGGAGCACAAUCACGCCAAAGAAAUCUUACUUGAAAUGGGAGAGUUUUUCCAAAUACAGGAUGACUUUUUGGACUGUUUCGGUGACCCUGCAGUGACUGGAAAGAUUGGUACAGACAUCCAGGAUAACAAGUGCAGCUGGUUGGUAGUGAAAGCUCUGGAGGUCAUGUCUCCUGAGCAGAGAGCAGUUCUGGAGGCUUGUUACGGACGCAAAGAUGACGCCAGUGUGGAGAAGGUCAAAGCCCUCUACAAAUCUCUGCAAAUGCAAACCCUCUAUCACAAAUACGAAGAAGAGAGCUAUCAGCGGCUGCAGAAGCUCAUCGCUCGUUGCGCUGUCACCCUUCCCAGCACAGUUUUCCUAAAUUUUGCAAACAAGAUAUACAAAAGAAACAAGUGAUGGCUUGCUAGACUGUCCACAACGAGAGUCCAUUUGAAAUAUUGUAAGAUGUUGCAAAGCCACAGAGUCCUACAGGGGUGUGCAGUUUGAAUUGUCUGCUGAUUAUUGAAGCUGGUGUAUUGUUUAUAUCGACUGAUUGUACUUACCUGGGCUCAACAGGUAAAUGGUUUGAUUUGUUUACUAAAGCACUUGUUAAAAUGUAUCCUGGACAAAAAUAGGGUUUGUAAAAGUGUGUAAAUAAAUGCAUUCUUGUUAAUUAUUUAAGACCGUUUCAUUUUGCAUUGGCGUAAUAGGGUAUUUUCCGGUCUAGAUUUUACUCCUCCUAAUAAAUAAUUUAUGACAUUU